AUGAAAGUCACUUCCGUCGCGUACGUGGCCGCACUAUGGCCAGCGUCUACAGUGCUGGCGCUGGACUCUGAUACAGUACCCCUUCGUGGUGCCCCCCGGUCCCCCGAUGAGACGCACAGUCUCCGCAGAACCUUGACUGCGCCGAAGAAUACCCCAGCCGUGGAAAACCGUCGGGACCUUUACUUUGCGAGUCCAGAAAUAGCGCAGCAGCCUACCAAUAGCAAGGGGACCGGCGAGGGAGAAGACAAACCCAAUAGAAUGUACCGAGGCAGUUUCAAUUCUCCUUAUGAUGGUCGCUCCAAAGCAAAAUACAGUGGCACUUUCGCCUCUCCCUAUGCUGAUCGAUCCAGUUUCGGGGAAGAAGGCGCUACCAACACUCCUCAGACGGCUGCACCCACAAUCGAAAAGCAAGACGAAUUGGAUGCUCCCGAUCUUGGUCAAACUCCUCCGAAGGAGGAAUACAUGUUUCACUCUUACUUCGGAAAUAGAUCCAGUAUUGAAGAGGGAGCCAUCAAUCACUCUCCUUAG